AUGGCAUUUGCAGCCGCGUUCACCGUCCCAGGUGGAAAUCAAGACGAUGGAAAACCGUUGUUCCAAAGCAAACCAACAUUUAUGCUUUUUAUCAUAUCAGAUGCGAUCGCAUUGUUUUCUUCAGCAACUUCAGUGUUGAUGUUUCUAGGGAUUCUUACUUCACGGUAUGCAGAAGCUGACUUCCUUUACGCAUUACCAAAAAGAUUGACGAUUGGACUUCUUUCGUUAUUCAUGUCGUUAGCAGCAACUAUGAUUGCAUUUAGUUCGGCUCUUGCACUCGUGCUUGAAGGUAAAGUUACAUGGAUUGCAGCUCCACUUGUUAUAGCAACAAGUAUUCCAGUUUGUUUAUUUGGCUUGUUACAAUUUCCUUUACUUGUGGAGCUAGUUAACUCCACAUAUGGAAAAAGCAUCUUUCACCAACAGAAUGUUCGAAGAAUUCAUUAA